GGGGAGGGGGGUGAAGGCAUACUCCUGGCAAACUUAGUAAGGACUUUUUAAAUAGCGAAGAUUAAGAUGCAGUUGUAACACAGUGCACUCUGCAGUGUGAAGUAUGGUCAGCAGGCACCUCUCAUCUUCAGUGGAUACCAAAACGACCAGCAUCUGGCAGAUGAUUUCUCAGCGCCCUUACGCAGCUGGUUGAGAAAGGCCUACGGAUUGCGGGGUGAAUAACCGGUACUUUGAGCCGAGGUCUGUGCAGAACCAUGUCAGCACCUCACCGCAAAGUCCUGCUGCCCGUCCUGCGGGCUGGCGACCCCCGCCCGCUUCGCUCCCGUGUGUUUAAAGGCUGUAGCUCGAGCAGGGAGUGAAGAGAGCCGGGGGAACCGCUGAGGAGCGGGGUUCAUGCGCUGCCCGCCCACCUGCCACCACUGGGUGCCGCCAUCCGCCGGCGGGCGCCGCUCCCCUCCGGCCCCGAGCUGCUGAGCGGAGCCCGGGGGCUGCUGGGAGCCGCCAUUUUGUCGGCGUGCGCCGGGCGCUUGCCGCAGCCGGGGCGGGCGAGGAGGGGCCGGGGCUCGGCCUCUUUGUACCCAUGAUAGCAAUUCUACACCUGAAGCAGUCCUGCCUGGGUGGGAGAGGCAGCUGCAGGGAGCUGAAGAGUUUCAGAAAAUCCAGUUUAUAGUCUGAUGCAGAACUCUCUGAGGGAGAAGAGAAGGCUGGAUCAUUGGAUCUUUUUCUGCCUGCUUACAGGCUUUCUUCUUUUUGCUAUCCUCUAAUUUUUAUUUCCAGGAUUUUGUUUUAUCCUCUUUGCAUCUUUUGGAGUUUCCCCAGUCUUAAAACCCUCGAACUUUCAACAAAAACAUCUGAAUUUCAGACUUUCCCUGACCUUUGAUUUUUCUCAAAUUUAAAACAUAUUUUAGCUUGGAUUUCUUGUCCAAAAGAUGUAAUUGUGAAAUGCUUUAUUUGAAUCGUAGCCUUCUUAAACUAUGCUGAAGGUUAUAUAGAAAGGAAAUUUUUAACCUUUGUAUUUCUAGCAGCAAGAAUGUAAAUAUUGGAAUUUGUUGUAGAGAUUGGUACAUAGUACAGGUGCAACUAGUAUCUGCUUUGAUUAAUGUAUUGCUAAACUUGGUUGAUGAUUGGGUACUAAUUUCAUAGGGGGAAGCUAUUGUAAAUACCCUUUUCAUUUUACUUUUUGUAUCAGGAGUUAACAGUCUCUCACAGCUUUUUAUUUUGUCUAACAAGUGGUCUGUCCUGGAGAGGUCUAAGCCAAAAUACUCCAAACGUGACUGUUGAAAGUCAGGCUCUGGAAGCAGAUUUUUGAACCAGAGGGGGAGAAAUAUGUGGUUGUGCAGGAAGGUUGAAGGAAAUCUGAAAGAAGAGCCCUGCACAUGAAGAGAUGACGUGUAAUGGCCCAGGUAAAUUUGAGCCUCGUGCCACUCCAGGCACUGACUGCGACCAGGACUGGGCCCAAGAACACCACCGACUAGGAAGCUUUGUUGAAUUUCCACUUGAUUGUCCGGUUUCAGCAUCAGCUCUGGCACAAGCUGGCUUUGUUUAUACCGGCGAAGGCGAUAAAGUGAAGUGCUUCAGUUGCCACGUGACUAUUGAAGGAUGGCAGCCUGGGGAUUCUGCAGUUGAGAGACACAAAAACCUUUCCCCAAACUGCAAAUUUAUUACCGAGUCUACUUUUUUGGAGAACGAUCUGCAUCCUCUUGCCCAGAGCUACCAGCAUAGAGCUGAAAAUGGCAGCAGCAAUUCGGCGUUCUCGCCUGCUCUGGAUGACUUGCCUGAACUGGAGGCAGACUACCUGUUGAGAACUAGGCAGGUUGUGGAUAUGUCAGAUAUUUUGUAUCCUAAAAACCCUGCUAUGUGCAGUGAAGAAGCAAGGUUAAAGUCUUUUCACAACUGGCCCUCCUAUGGUCUGUUGACGCCAAAGGAAUUGGCUAGUGCUGGACUCUAUUACACGGGUGUUGGUGAUCAAGUGGCAUGUUUUUGUUGCGGUGGAAAACUGAAAAACUGGGAACCUAGUGACAGAGCGUGGUCAGAACACAAGAGGCACUAUCCCAGAUGCUUUUUCGUCCUGGGCCGGGAUGUUGGAAAUGUUCCAAGUGAAUCUAUUCCUGCUGAGCUUGGAAGAAAUGGCCUAAACAAUGAACAGCAUCCGAGGAAUCCGUCCAUGGCAGAAUAUGAAAGACGGAUACAAACCUUUUUAAAUUGGAUAUACCCUGUUAACAAGGAACAACUUGCUGAAGCUGGGUUCUAUAGCAUAGGUAACGGUGAUCAUGUUGUGUGCUUCCACUGUGGUGGAGGAUUGCAAGAAUGGAAGGAAAAUGAAGACCCAUGGGAUCAACAUGCCAAAUGGUUUCCUGGAUGCAGGUUCGUGAGAGAGGAAAAGGGACUAGAAUUUAUAAAUAAUGUUCACUUAGGAGGUGGAUGUAGGGAUUCAACAAUAGAAGCUGCUGAAGUGACAGUACUUCCUAAAGAUGAUGACUUACAGAAUCAUUUGGUACAAAAUGCCAUACACAUGGGUUUCAGUUUGUCUGAGAUUAAAAGCAUUAUGCAAAAGAAAUUGCAGAUGUCUGGAGCAAGCUAUACAUCUGUUGAGGAUCUGGUAGCAGACUUAAUAAGUGCUCAAAAAGAAAAUCUAAAGGAAGAAACACCAAAUGAAAACCCACUUGAGCAAGAUCUCAGUAUGGAAGAGAAGUUAAGGCGCUUGCAGGAAGAAAAGCUUUGUAAAAUCUGUAUGGCUAAAAACAUAUCAGUAGUCCUCAUUCCCUGUGGCCACCUAGUUGCUUGUAAGGAAUGUGCUGAAGCAGUUAACGUAUGUCCUUUGUGUUGUACAAAUAUUCUAAAAAGACAGAAAAUUUUUAUGUAUUAGCAUACAGUACUGUAGAUGCAACUGUUUCCUGCUUUAUUUCUUUAAAUGUGUAUAAUGUGCUAACAGACGGUUGGUUUUUCAGCAGUCUAGCACACCUAUUUAUGGAGCAUCUCACUUUAGGGAUAAUGUAAACAAUAAAGCUUUAAUCAACACUCAGAAAUAGGAGUUGACUGUCAGAAGCUGCUAAUUUUUGUUUAUAACACUCAUGUUCAACUGCCUCCUCAUUGCACUACUUACUUCUUUUGUUUUUACUUCAAAGUCGUAACCUCAGAUAACUUCCUGUAUUUUCAGAUCUUCUAUUUGAGUGUUCACACUUCUAUUAAUGUAACAAAUACAUGAGUUAAAUAUACAUAUUCUUUCAUGAAAUGGAAUAGGAAAACUGAGUGUUCUGAUGGAGCAGUAGUGAUGCUGCAUUUUCCCCCACUAACAAAUCAGCCAAGUCAUACUGAGUGAAAAGUGUAUAUAUAUAUUUUUUUGCUAUUUAUUUGUAGUCUGUUUCUGCUAAUUGUCAUUUGCUCAGCUCUCAUUUAUCAAAAAUAGAGCUGGUUAACUUCUUCGGAAUCAAGGAUAAAAACAGUCUAAUCAGAGGAAACAAAUUGCUUUAGAAUAGUUUUUAUGUUGUUACUUUGAAUAUUCAAAUGUCUGAAUUUAUUUUCUGGGGGUUACAAUACUUUCUGAUUCGUUAGAUGCUACCAUAUAUCUUAUACCCUACUAAUCCAGUGUUACUGGUUUUAAAAAAAUAUCAGCUAAAAUAUCAUGUCUGCUAAUUUUAUUCUUGUCACUUGCUCAUCUAAAGAGUUAGAUUCCCAUAACAUCAGUAAGAACAGGUUUGCUAUACUGAAUUGUCAUUUUUUUUUCUAGCUACAAUUGCCUCUGAAGGAUGUCUGUCUUCUUGUCAUUCAUGUUUAUGCUUCUAAGCUUCUGUAACCAGCCUCCAAAUAAUCAUUAACAGGCUAAACAAACAUAUGCAACACAUACAAAGAAAUAGCUCUGAAUAUUUCUGAUUUUCUUCUCUUUUCUUUCUUGAUUGACAAGUUAGCAGCAUCCUCACAAUUAAUGGACCCUUUUGAAACUACUUUAAACUUUAAAAAUAUCGUAAUUGCCUCUGUAUAGCUGUGACUAACAAAAGACAAAUUUUAACUGAUGUUAAUCAUGAUGUUAAUCAGAACAUUCAUUCUUAAGUUCAUUUUAUAUGCUACUUACAAACAUAAAAAAGUGCAAUUAAUCCCAGGAUGUAAUCAUAUGGCAGUAUUUAGAUUUUUCUGCUGACAAACUACGUGUAUUUAAAAUUUUUUAAAAUUAUUUUCUUAAUUGAUUUUUUUUCUGUAAACUCCAAUACUGAAAGGUAAAUAAAUCUUCUGUAAGUUCAGUUCAUAGACCUAGCUUGGCAAAGCCUAAGGAACACAAAGCUUUAUUUAUGUGAUCAUUCCUUUGCUUCAUUUUGGUAGGACUCUGUAACUGAAGUUUAUGCCAAUACAGCUGUAUGAAGAAUCAGGCAUUUGAUAAAAAUUGGUGUAUACUAAUUUUUGAAAUUCAGAUAUUAUGUGUAUCAUCUCAGGUUUUAGCUUCUUGAAAACAUAACGUGUGAUUGAAAAUAUUGUCUUAUUUCUGUAAGUAUGGUUGUGACAUAAUUCAGAGACUGUAAACCAGCUGCUCAAAGAUUUCACCUUAUGUUUGGUACUGCUACUCUGUAACUUUGUCUGUUCUGAUAAAACAGUUCCUGUCUCCCCAUUUAUUUUUUCUGUUUUAGCUGUAUAUAAGUGGCCUCAGUAAACUGCUGGUAGCCUUCUGUUUUUCUCAAAAAUUCUUCUGUAUACCGAGUUCAUUCCUCACAAGAGAUCUCAACAGAAAUGAAGGAGAUUUUAUAUACCUCAAGCCCUUCAUUAUGACAGUAGCUGUCUUACUGUAAAAUUGCCCCAUGUACACAAAGAUGUUCAAUGUUCUUUUUUCUCAUAUUUGUAAUAUUUAGCAUUAUCCUAACUCACUUUACUGCUGAUACUUUAAGUACAGCUGGCUUACAGUCACUCCAGUUAUGUGACUUCCUUAUUUUGUGGAUGUACUAAUAUGUUCUGUGUACAUAGAAAUUUUAUCUUGGAGUUGUACGCACUGAGUAAUAUAUUCAAUUAAUGAUACUUUAUACAGAAUAUAGUUUUUUAAAUAUGAUACAAGUUUUAAAUCCAAGACACAGAAACAUAAUGUCUCUAUUUUUUGUUAGAUAUUUGUUAUGAUUAUAUGAGAUUUCACAGAACUGACAUGUUGUUCUGGUGCAAUUUUGUGAAUAUUUUAAAUAAAGUGCAAUCCAGUUG